AAACACUUAUUUUUAGCAAUUUUUACUACAUUUUACUACGUUGUGACGUUUAUAAAAAUAGGUGUGACGUAAAUAAUUUUGUGGAGUGACGUAGGUUAAGCUCAUACUACGUCACAAGCGCAACAGUGACUUUUUAGAACUGUUUUCCGAAAUUAUACCUUAAGCUGUUAAAAUUAAACAAAAAUGAUGCCCCCAAUUUCAAGCUGCAUUAGUCGUUUUAUGAAAUUAUUUUAUAUUUUCUUACUUAUGACUUUGUUAUGCGAAACCGUCAAUGCUAAUCCAGAUGCGAAACGUUUAUAUGACGAUUUACUUAGCAACUACAAUCGUUUGAUACGUCCUGUUAGUAAUAAUAACCACACCGUCCUCGUUAAACUUGGCUUAAGGUUGUCGCAAUUAAUCGAUCUGAAUCUCAAGGAUCAAAUUUUAACAACUAACGUAUGGCUUGAACAUGAAUGGCAGGAUCACAAAUUCAAAUGGGACCCUUCAGAAUAUGGUGGCGUUACAGAAUUGUAUGUACCAUCAGAACACAUUUGGUUACCAGAUAUUGUGCUUUACAAUAAUGCCGAUGGUGAAUAUGUGGUAACAACAAUGACCAAAGCUAUUUUGCAUUACACAGGCAAAGUCGUUUGGACACCGCCAGCGAUUUUUAAAUCCUCAUGUGAAAUCGAUGUACGUUAUUUUCCAUUUGAUCAACAAACAUGUUUCAUGAAAUUUGGCUCUUGGACCUACGACGGAGAUCAGAUUGACUUGAAGCAUAUAAACCAGAAAAACGACAAGGAUAAUAAGGUUGAGGUUGGCAUUGAUUUACGUGAAUAUUAUCCUAGUGUGGAGUGGGAUAUUUUGGGUGUACCUGCAGAGCGGCAUGAAAAAUUUUAUCCAUGUUGUGCAGAACCUUACCCAGAUAUAUUCUUCAACAUAACAUUGCGAAGGAAAACACUGUUUUACACAGUCAAUCUCAUUAUUCCAUGCGUUGGCAUCUCAUAUUUGUCCGUGUUGGUAUUUUAUUUACCAGCAGAUUCAGGAGAAAAAAUCGCAUUGUGCAUUAGCAUUCUAUUAUCGCAGACUAUGUUUUUUUUGCUCAUAUCAGAGAUUAUACCGUCGACAUCGUUAGCAUUGCCACUUUUGGGUAAAUAUCUAUUAUUUACGAUGUUGCUGGUUGGUUUGAGUGUUGUCAUAACGAUUAUCAUACUCAACAUACACUAUCGUAAGCCGAGCACGCACAAAAUGGCACCAUGGGUGCGUGCCUUCUUCAUAAAGCGUCUACCUAAGUUGUUACUGAUGCGCGUACCCAAAGAUUUGUUACGCGACUUAGCCGCCAACAAAAUCAAUUAUGGCACCAAAUUUAGCAAGACUAAAUUUGGUCAAGCACUAAUGGAUGAAAUGCAAAUGAAUUCAGGUGGCUCAAGUCCGGACUCUUUUCGACGCAUGCAAGGACGUGUGGGUGGUUGCAAUGGUCUGCAUGCCACUUCAGCUACAAAUAGAUUCAGUGGCCUUGUCGGUGCGCUUGGUGGCGGCUUAAGCACACUAAGUGGCUAUAAUGGCCUGCCCUCAGUGCUCUCCGGUCUCGAUGAUUCUUUAAGUGAUGUGGCACAACGCAAAAAAUAUCCUUUUGAAUUGGAAAAAGCCAUACAUAACGUCAUGUUCAUACAACACCAUAUGCAACGGCAGGACGAGUUCAAUGCGGAAGAUCAAGAUUGGGGUUUUGUUGCUAUGGUCUUGGAUCGAUUGUUUCUUUGGAUAUUCAUGAUUGCAUCGUUAGUGGGUACGUUUAUGAUCCUAUGUGAAGCACCAUCCUUAUACGAUGAUACAAAACCUAUUGAUGUGGAACUAUCAGUGAUUGCUCAGCAAAUUUACAAUUUAACUGAAAAGAAAUCUUAAGAAGACUUUCUUGCCUCGAUUUAAAUAAUAUUAAUAACAGCAAUGCUAAAACAGAAUGUUAACAGAUAUGAGUGUUAUACCAUACAAUUAUUAUAGCUUAAUUAAAUUAA